UUGUGUGCCCACUUGAUUGGUGUUAAUUAUCAAAUGUUAAGUCAAAUUUGAGAAAUUUUCACUUCUUAGCUUACAACCUAUAAAAUUAAUCAAUUGAAAUUUUUUAUUUCCAGCAAACGUUUAUUAAUAUUAAAAAACAUAUGUGAAUAUUUAAAAAUUUAACAGCUAACUGGAAUUUUUUGGGGAAGAAAUAAACUGCCGCUGUUAAUAACAUUUUGCCAUGCUAUGCUAUGUUAAUGCCAACAUUAAAUUGUUUCUGUUACUUGCCGUGUUGGCCAGCUGCAUACUGUUGUGCUUGUUUUUCGUGUUUUCACAUCCAAAUAGUACAAAAAUAUUUAAUAAGCUACAACUAUGUACCGUAGCAUUCAACUUCCGUUAAUACUAUAACAGUGAAUAAUGAUAUUAAGACUGUGCCAGCACAGUUUUCAUAUAUACGACUUGCUUCUAUUCAGCGGCGCGCUAACCAUCCUCGUCUACAUUCUACUGCCUCAUCGAUUCGCCCUGCGCUAUGACUACAUCGAUAAGGAGCACAUUGAGGAGGCUCUUCUUUCGGCAACCGUUUCGAAUAUCUCAUCGCAGCAGGCAAUCGAUUGCAGCUACAAGGAGGUGCUAGCUGAUAGCACUUUUGUCUACGAUGCAGCGCAUCGUGCGGCUAUUCUGCGCGGGCAGGAAAUACGGCUUGGCGGUGAAUAUCAGCCGGAUGAAUGCCGUGCACGUUUCAGUACUGCGAUUAUUGUACCGUAUCGGGAUCGGCAGGAGCAGCUGGUCGCAUUUCUCAACUAUAUGCACAACUAUCUGCGCCUGCAGCAAAUCCAUUAUCGAAUUUUUGUGGUGGAGCAAAGCGACCGGAAACCUUUUAAUCGGGCCAUGCUCUUCAACAUAGGCGCCAAAGUGGCGGAAAGCUAUGGUUAUCCUUGCUUAAUACUGCACGACGUGGACCUAAUGCCAUUGAACUCCGGUCAGAUUUACGCAUGCACAGUUCAGCCAAGGCACAUGAGCUCAGCGCUGGACAGCUGGCGCUUUCAUCUGCCAUAUCGCACACUAUUUGGUGGCGUUGUGGCGAUAAGUACCUCCCAGUUUACAAUGAUAAACGGCAUGUCGAAUCUGUACCAUGGUUGGGGCGGCGAGGACGACGAUCUGUACGAGCGCCUCAAAGUCGUGGGCAUCGAGAUCUGCCGCUUUGAUCCGGCGUACAGUGAGUACACAAUGUUAAAGCACAAACACGCGAUACCAAAUGAAAAUCGAAUGGCAUUGCUGCGAUCCGCUUCACUGCGUAUGCACACCGAUGGCCUCAACUCGCUUGUCUACAAGGAGGUGGAACGCCGAAUGCAUAGUCUCUUCACGCACAUCCUAGUCGAGACCUAGACUAUUGUCGUCUUCAGCUUUGCCAUGCUAAAUUGUUACUUAGCUUCUAGUUGUAGGAAUCUCUGUGAGCCCAGUCCGGCAAAUGAAUGUAUUAAUGUAAAAAGAGCGCUUUGUUAUACUUUAAAUUGUUGUAGAUUCAUAUUACGUAAAGUAUAGAGAAUGAGAGAAUACAAAUAAAUUACAAUAAAUUAUAGUUGGCUGUUUUUAAUUGAUAAUAAGUAUAUUUUAACUAGCUUGUGUACACUGAGAUACACUAAGGAGCAAAUUGCACAAUACACAUCUAGAUGUACUCUAUAUAUAAUAGGUUGCUUGACUGUUUGCCUAGACUAACAAUAAAUUAUGCACAUUCACUUUUAAAA